UCAUAUAUUACACGAGAUCAUCAAACUCUACCGUAUGUAUGUGAUGAUGUCUUAUCUUCUUGCUUCUCCUUGCUCUCAAACUCACUCCAUGAUAAUGGCGAGUGCAUGUUUUUCUCCUUUCUACACUCCCUUAACUUCUAACAUGUUUACCAAUUACAAGCCUUAUUCUUCUAAAUCUAUGUCCUCCUCCAGUACUCUCACUUGCAAGGCAUCAUCAUCAGCAUCUUCAUUGUUAGAUUUUGAUUUAUAUGAUCUUUUGGGCAUUGAGAGCUCGAGUGAUCAGUCACAGAUCAAGAUGGCAUACCGCUCUCUUCAGAAGCGCUGCCACCCUGACAUUGCUGGCCCCGUUGGCCACGACAUGGCCAUCAUACUCAACGAUGCUUAUGCCAUUCUCUCCGACCCAAAUGCACGCCUUGCCUACGAUAAGGAGCAAGCAAAGACUUCAGAUUUUAAAGGCUUCACUGGCAGACCCAUAUACUCUGUUUGGCAAGGGUCAGAGAGUGAGGAGCGGGCAGUGUUUGUUGAUGAAAUCAAAUGUAUUGGUUGCCUGAAAUGUGCUUUGUUGGCUGAAAAGACUUUUGCUAUUGAAUCAGUUUAUGGGAGAGCAAGGGUUGUUGCUCAGUGGGCUGAUUCUGAACAGAAAAUUGAAGAGGCAAUAGAAUCUUGUCCUGUCAACUGCAUUUCGAUGGUUGAGAGGUCCAACCUUGCAGCUCUGGAGUUCUUGAUGUCCAAGCAGCCACGCGGCAAUGUAAGAAUAGGUGCAGGUAAUACAGCUGGUGCUCGUGUCUCUAACAUAUUCGUAGAUGUGGAGAAGUUUCUAACUAAAUUCCAAGAAGCAAGGGAAAAAGCUUCUAAGCAGUCUAAGGAAAUAGACCUCCAAAGAGAAUCAAGAAUGUCAGCAUUUCAGGCAAUAAGAUCAAUUUCUAAUUGGUUAUACUGGCAAUCACCUGGUUCAUCAAGUCAUGAGAAAAGCAUGACUAGAGUUGUGUAUCAAUUACCUGAACCUAACAUUGGUAAGCUCAGAGAUGCAGCUGCAAAGAGGAAACUAAGAGAAACCAAAAGGACUAGCCAUCAAACCCCAUUAAAUUCCAUUCAUCCUGAAGAGUAUUGGGCUCCAUCAACUUUUGCUCUUCCUUCUUCCACUGAAAGUAGUGCUACUCCAGCACCAGAUGAGAAACCUUCAGUUACUAAAGCACAGAAAAAAACUAGAGAAAGAGAUCAUGGAACACGUGAGAAUCAUAAUAGCCCUUUUACAUGGGGAUUUCCGGUGGUUACCGCAAUGAUUGCGGUGGCUACGGUUCGGUUACAUGAAGUUGAGUUAACAACUGAGUUGAAACAACAUGUGGGUGGCUCUUUAGCCGUGGAAAUUGUUAACAGCUCUUGGUUGCAGUGUGUACUGGCAGCAGCUACAUGGUAUAUGAUUGGAUUGGCAGUUGUAGAACUUGUGGCACUCAUUGGAAAUAGAACUAGAUAGAAGUAUACGAAGUAGAAGCUUAAAGGGUAAUUGCUUAGCAAAGAUAGGAUAGUUAUAUGCAAUAAGCUGUAAUGUAUAUGAAAAGACUCAUGAAUCACACACACACACUGGAGAUGUUCUAUUGUAAGUUCACCAUUCAGAAUAUCAUUAUUGUUCUCUAA